ACAGUUGACAGGCUAUCACAGAACAAACCAGGCUAUCCUCAAUUUGUCACACGUGAAAUUUCAUCAUUUCCUAAAUUAAAAGAUAUUAAAAGAUUUUAAUCACCAAAAAGAGGAAAAGAUGCCGCUUUCGUGUCGAUUUUAUAAGGAAAAGUAUCCUGAAGUAGAGGAUGUAGUAAUGGUUAAUGUAAGAGCGAUUGCUGAAAUGGGUGCCUAUGUGCACUUGUUAGAAUAUAACAAUAUUGAGGGCAUGAUAUUACUUUCUGAAUUGUCCAGAAGACGUAUUCGUUCCAUAAACAAGUUGAUCAGAGUUGGAAAAACUGAACCUGUUGUUGUUAUAAGGGUGGAUAAGGAAAAGGGUUACAUAGAUUUAUCCAAAAGACGUGUAAGUGCUGAAGACGUUGAAAAGUGCACAGAGAGGUUUGCCAAAGCCAAGGCUGUUAAUUCUAUUUUAAGACAUGUAGCUGAAUUGCUUAAGUAUGAAAAUGAUGAACAAUUAGAGGAACUUUAUCAAAAAACUGCCUGGUACUUUGAAGAAAAGUAUAAAAAGCAAAAGGCUAGUGCUUAUGACUUUUUCAAACAAGCAGUCAUUGAUCCUACCAUUUUGACUGAAUGUAAUUUAGAUGAGAAAACCAAGGAGGUAUUAUUGAGUAAUAUUAAGAGGAAACUUACGUCUCAAGCAGUAAAAAUUAGAGCUGAUAUUGAAUGUGCCUGUUAUGGUUAUGAAGGUAUUGAUGCUGUAAAGGCUGCAUUAAAAGCUGGUCUUUUAUUGUCAACAGAAGAACUACCCAUUAAAAUUAAUUUAAUUGCGCCUCCUCUUUAUGUAAUGACUACUUCCACGCCUGAAAAAUCUGAUGGCUUAAAAAUUUUAAAUGAUGCUAUUGAACAUAUUAAAGUAAAGAUAAAUGAAUUAGGAGGAGUUUUCAAUGUUCAGAUGGCUCCUAAAGUGGUGACAGCUACUGAUGAAGCUGAAUUAGUAAAGCAAAUGGAACGUGCUGAACUUGAAAAUGCUGAAGUGGCAGGUGAUGAUGAUGAAGAAGAACAAGAUGAGGGUCAAGUUUACAGUGAAGGUGAAGAAGAUGGAGGCAACACUGAUAAUGAAGAUUAAAUGUUUUAAUAAGCAACAACAGAUUUUAUAUAUUUAGUAUUAAAGUUUUCUUAAAAAUUGAAUACAACUGACUAUUUAUAAGAUUUUUUUAUUUUAAAUAUCGACUAUUCUGAUUUAAUAUUAUAUGUUUAAUAAAAUUUUGCUGGGCA